UUUCAGCUGCCCCCCCCCCACCCCUAUUCAUACUCCUACCCUACCUCAACCUCCUCCUCUGGUCUUGACACCAACACUGCUGCUACCCACACCCCUAGCCCUCUGGAAGAUCUGCCAUCUGAGUGUAGGGUCUGUCUCUCCACCCAGGAUUGCAACAAAAACCUGUCAUGCCUCUGGGAAAACCUGCCCCGUUAAACAAGCGGAAAAAGCUCUCCAAGAUCAUAACUGACCUAUCGCAUAUCAACCAGGAUGAGUAUGACUCAGAGCCAGAGGCAUCUGAAUUUGACCUGGGAACAAAGAUCAGGACUCCCAAAGACAUUAUGCUGGAGGAGCUUUCCCUGCAGAACAACAAAGGCUCCAAGAUGUUUAGGAUGAGGCAGAAGAGAGUGGAUAGGUUCAUCUACGAGAACAACCCCGAUGUCUUCAGCAGUGAGUCUAUGGACAACCUCCAGAAGUUUGUUCCCUCUCUGGGGGCUCAGAUGGGAGGUGAUAUCAUAAAUGUUGGUGGGCAUUUUGUUAGCAAACAGCUGCAUUUUGGAGGGAUCCUUCCCGGAGGGGCCCCUGUGCCUCCUCCGAAACCUGGAAGCAAAGGUCCAGGAGCAGGAGGGGCAGGAGGAGCAGAAGGGGCAGAAGGACUGGGUGGGGGUGACCAUGGGAAAGAUGAAAAAGGAGAAAGAGCUAGUGGGUGGUCUCCACUAAAAGGAGGUGGGGGGGAUUAUGUAUCUAAGCAUCUUCAUUUGAAGACAUACGUGUCACCAUGGGAAAAGGCCAUGAAGGGUGAUGAAACUCUGCUUGCCACUAUGAGAGCUGGAAUGCCUGGUCCCACUGAAAAAAAGGAUUUGCGCAAGUACAAAUGCUUCAACAGGUCUGCCAUGCCCUUCGGCGGCUUUGAGAAGGCCAACCAGUUCAUGAAAUUCCAGUUGCCCGAAACUAAAGACAAAGAGGAGCCUGAACCCACAGUUGUGUACCAACACGACAUCGCCUGCCGGCCCUCCUUCAACCGCACUCCUAUUGGCUGGGUGGGCAGCAGCGAGCCCGGCACUAUUAAUAUGGAGAUUGAUAGUGUGGCCUUUGAUGGAGAGACUGACGAGCUGUGAAAAAAAUAUUCAUAUUGUUAUUACACUUAUUGUGCACAUGCACACAUGCAAGCAUGAAUGCAUGCAUAUAUGUUAUCAUGCACACAUACACACACACACACUCACUUAUGAGCUUACAUUUAACUUAUAUUGAUGAAUUUGAAUCUCAGUGUGGUUAUUUGAAAGCGUACAUGAAAUGCGAUCAUGUUCUCCUUUUGCUCUGUAUCUGGUUGUAAGGCAAAGAAUCAAGCUAUAGAUGUUGUCGGCAGAAUGAAACACCAAAUGUUUAUUGAUGAAUUCUUAAGUGGAGUCUAAACACUCAAUAUGUCAGAAAAGUUUUUAUUCUUGGUGAAGAGUUGCAGAUUUUGUCAAUGAAGAAAGAAUUAAUCGAAGUGUGAUGGAUACAUUUAUGCAUGUUACUGUUGUGCACACUGUUUUGAUUUUCUUACCAUAUUUGUUAUUUCCCAUUGCCAUUUCUGUUAUUUUGUUGAGCUGUGAAAACCCAACACACCUGUCUUGUUCAUAGUGCAUGCAUAUAGUUAGUUGCUGAUCAAUUAACCUACUAACUAUAACAACGCAGUUUCUCCACAUUAAAACCUAGAAUGAUUCAAAUGUCAAGGGAAAUCA